GUCUUUUGACUUCCCCCCCCCCCCCCCUCCCCCUCGGGGCUCAAACGGCGAUCAGCUGGCCCUGUCAAAAUAUUACGCAGCGCGUGCGUCUGUGUUUGUGUUCGUGCGCCCCUUCGCCACACGUUGACGACAUGGCAGCCAAGAUGGAGCUCGCGCCCCUCAGACCGUGGGAUGAUUUCAUCCCCGGACAGGACCGGUUUUCCAAACCCGAGUUCGGGGAUUUGACGAAGUGGAACAACCGAGUGAUCAGUAACUUGCUGUACUACCAGACGAAUUACUUCGCCGUGGCCGUGGUGGUUUUCCUCAUCGUCGGGUUCCUGAAUCCAUUUGGCAUGUUUCUGGGAGGAGCCGUGGUGACUCUGGUCUUCAUGGGUUCAGUGUGGGCAGGAGAGAACCAGGCCAUGGUCAAGAACUUCAAAAGGAAGAACCCCUCUCUGUUUAUCAUCGGGGUCAUGCUCACCAGUUACUUCCUGCUGUCGCUGUGUGGCGGUGUCAUGGUCUUCAUCUUUGGGAUCACCUUCCCAUUGCUGUUGAUUCUGAUCCAUGCCUCGCUGAAACUGCGCAACAUAAAGAACAAACUGGAGAACAAUAUUCAGGGGGUUGGGCUGAAGAAGACCCCCAUGGGCGUCAUCAUGGAUCUCCUGGACCAGCAGGAGGAGAAAAUGAACAAGGUUCGGGAUUUCCUUGAAAGCAAACUGAAGAAAUGAGGCUCGAGCCAAACGUGUGCCAAGGGAAGUCAGUGUCGUAUGAAUUAAAAUGUCCAUAGCACACUCCCAUGAGUUGUUGUCCCCUCUAUACAUGUCAAGUUACUGAAGUUUGCAUUCCCAUUAUUUUAAUCCAUCUGGUUUACUUUAAUCUUUCGUACUUUUGUGUGACUUUACUCACAGACAUUUAAAUACAAUGUGCACAAUCACAGAGUGGAUUGGAUGUUAAAAGGCACCAAAUGUUACCAAAGGUCAUUCCUGUGUAAAUGUCCCCCCCCCCCCCAAAAACAAAUAAUGUUCUUUGUUGUGAACACUUGUUAUUUAUUUUAACCAAAUUAAGCAGAAUGUCAAAACACAAUAUCUAAUGCUGUUAUUAGUUACUAAUUUUGUUUUUUUUCCAAAGAAGAAAUCAGAUCCUUUCAGCAUGUUUAAUUUACCCAACACCCAAUGAACUGUCCACGGCUUAUUAAACUGCAAUAAUGUCUAUCUUGACGCGCCAGGAGCUCUGAAUACUGAUCUGAGAUCAGCUUGCUUCUUGUGUAGAAAUGGAUGUACGGCCUGACUAUUAAUUGUGGAUAUUAAUAUUCCAGACCAUACAGGCUGGCCUGACUGUAUUCCUUCUGAUCACAGCUAUGCAAUAUUAAAAAUGAUUGGCAAGUGCAGCUUUAUUUUAUUUUUUAAAUAUGUUAUGUCACGAUAUAUGUAUACAUGCUAUUUGCGAUGUCUUUAUUUUCAUAAUAUAGCAUGCAGAAAUGUAUAAAAUGGGCUACAGGAUACAAAGUAGGCUUCAUAACCUUGGCAAUGAGUAACACUUAUUAAUUAAAUUAAUUAGAUUCCUAAGCUAGCAUUUUCCCAUUCACUGUUGGGAUCAAAACCCAUUUCCUUAAUAAAAAAAUCAGAAAUCUGUAA